GGAGUCUGCGGGAGGAUGGGUUUACUCUCAAUCCUGAGGAAAUUGAAGAGUGCACCAGACCAGGAGGUAAGAAUUCUACUCCUGGGCUUGGAUAAUGCUGGCAAAACUACACUCCUGAAGCAGCUUGCAUCUGAAGACAUCAGUCACAUUACACCUACACAGGGUUUUAACAUCAAAAGUGUACAGUCACAAGGUUUUAAACUGAAUGUAUGGGACAUUGGUGGACAGAGGAAAAUCAGGCCAUACUGGAGGAAUUAUUUUGAAAAUACUGAUGUACUUAUAUAUGUUAUCGACAGUGCAGACAGAAAACGGUUUGAAGAGACGGGUCAGGAACUAGCUGAAUUACUGGAUGAAGAAAAGCUAAGUGGCGUCCCCGUGCUCAUCUUUGCUAAUAAGCAGGAUUUGCUCACCGCAGCCCCUGCCUCAGAGAUCGCAGAGGGACUGAACCUACACACGAUUCGGGAUAGGAUGUGGCAGAUCCAGUCUUGCUCAGCCCUUACAGCAGAAGGAGUACAGGACGGCAUGAACUGGGUCUGCAAAAACGUCAAUGCUAAGAAGAAAUAAAAUCUAGAUGAAUGGAAACACAGGAGCUGCGGGAGCUGAGUUCUGUCCUGAAAACACUCAUUUGCUGCUUUCUGACCAUCUGUGUACAGCUACAGCUGUUUAAAGAGAGGGAACAGCACAGUCUAAAAAAGAAUCCCCAUUCCAGUAGUAGGUUUAACUGAUCUCUGAGGUUCAGUAUCAUUUUUCAAAUAAAGGAAUUACAUUAUUUCCUCUGCAUAAUUGAAAUAGUAUUAAAUGUCUCAAAGCACAUGAUUAGAAAAUGAGAUCUUUUAAAUGAACAAGAGAUUGCAGAACAGUUUAGAUCAUUCCAGUGGGCUUUAAAAAAGAGAAGAAAAAAAGCUUAUGCCGAGUUCAUUUAUUCACUGACCUGUUCCCUGGAUUCCCCUAGCGGUUUGGAAACCACACAGAACAUUCUCUGGUGUUGGUCAGAUUUUUCCCAUCACCAAUUGAGCUGGUGCUGCAUUCUGCCUGUGUUGAAGCUGGGGGGAGGAGUAGCAGAUGAUUAAACCAUCUUGUCAUGCAGGUAGGAGAAUGUGCAUGUAAUCCUCCCCCUUUGGGCAUGGAAAAAAAAACCACCCUUUAUUGAAAACAAGUCACUACAGAAUUGAACCUCCCCCCACCUCCAGCAGCCCAGAGAAGCAACUUCUUAGGGCUCUGGCAGUAAUGACAACUGGAAUGUAAGGAAGGUGGGAGGUUUAAUUCUAGAAAAAUUAAAAAGUCCUUAAACAGCUCUCAGAUCGAGGGUGAAGGCUAGCAAAAACAGACUUCUCCAGUUCAGUGGAGCACGGAGCAGCCGACUCGGCUUAGCUGGCCUCUCUGUGGUGCUCCUAUAGAAGGGAUUUCUAAAGCUCAAAGAAUUCUGUGUUUAAAUGAUUACAAUAGGCCCCUGGUAUCAAAUUUUUAAAAAUAAAUACCGCUUUACUGUGAACCCAUUCCACAGAGAAAGGCUGCACAGAUCGAUUUUUCAGAAGAGAUCAAUUUUUACAGAGCAGCAACUUUGUGGGGUGGGAUGAGGGUGGAAAAGAUUUGCUGUUAGAACACUGGUUCACUGAUUCCAGAGGUCACAUCCAGGAAAACCAAGCUCCCAGCCUCUCUCUAAAGGGCCCGCUGUGGUUGGUCAUGAGACUGAUGGGAGAAUGGAAGGGAAUCUGUGGCUCAGAGUUGUUAGGAGAGUUUGUUUUUCUUGCCCUAAGAAAAGUCCCCAAUUUAGUGAGAGCACCUAUCACAGAGCUACCACAACCUUCUUCAUUAGGCUGCCCUGGGGCAGGAUGAAUUUGAGCUAUUCGGUCCAGUUUCUAGUGGAAACAGUCUUCCUCACAUUAACUCUCCCUGCAGUUGCCCCUUAAGUCCCAGCAGGAUAGUGGAAAGUUGAAUGGGCUAAAGAGACCAGCUGUCUUCUCAUCCUCAGAGGUGGCCUGUUCUGACCGAGUCGGAGGCAAACUGGCAGACCGGCUGACUUUCAGUACCAGCUCCCCAACCCCGGGACCAUGGACUCCAUCCAUCUUUCUGGGAAAGAGCUUUGCAUAUGAAACUGAAACAUCAAUUUUUAAAAGGCUGGGGGUGGGGAGGAUGUUGCUAAUUCUCAUCCCCCACCAACCACAAAAAGAUGGCCUGCUGAGUCAUGCAUAUAUUGAUAAAAGUCACUCAAUGCAGGACUCCUUCUGGGAUGUCAUUUCACUUCUAAUCUGUUGUGUGGUCCCUGUGCUGAGGGAGGACAGCUGCCUGCCUGGAAGUCAACUGGAAUCUCACCCCCACCCCACUCCCAGCAGCUUAGUGGUACAGCUCUCAACUCCAGUGAUGCAGGUAUUCCUAAAAGCCCAUGGGGCAUGGGGUGCGAUGGCUGAUUUUAAAAUGUGUAGCUUUGACUUUGGCUGCAGCAAUGUACCGUUUCUGAAAUAUUUUCAUACUUUUAUCACCAGCCUACAAAGCUGCUUUUAAAGCACCCUCCCACAUCCUCAGCCAGCUCAGCCACCUUUUGUAACUUUCCUGGGUAGCUCUUUUAAUAAAAUGCAAAGUAAUUACUGGGGUUACCAGUCUUCAUCUUGGGGCAGGGGGAACAAGGCACCAAAUAAAGAGGUUUUUUGAGCUCCUUUUAAAGCCUCUAUUAUAGAAACAUUUUUUUUAAUGCAUUCUCCUUCCCUCCCCCGUAAAAGAAGGAUUACAAAUUUUCCCAUUCAAGGCAAACCUAAAGACAGACUCAGAUACAAUUUCAUUUGAUCCUUGGGUGUAUGUAUUGGCGGGGUGGGGAAGAGAAAUAUGAAUUAAUUGGAGAAAGGUCCCCUCUGGGUUAACUGUGGCAUUUCCAAUAGAAAUAGAAACCAAUGGUAGGGAAAACCAGAAUGCCCUUCUCCCCCACCCCCAGUAGCCAGUUACUUUGGGUUCAUUUGCCCUGGCCUGCAGCAGUGCACCCCCUCCCCUUUGCUAUCCGAUUGUUACUAUGGAAACAAGGAUGUCAUUGAUGUGGGCCGAGCAGGGGAACAUGUCAGAGCACAGCUGAAAGUCAGUGAUUACAACGGUUAGAAAUGUUAUGCCAGGGUUAGGGAAGUCAGAAGCUCCGGGCAGCUGCUGGGAGGACAUGUUCCUAACCCCUUCCCUCAUUCUCUGCUUCGGUCUUCCCUUGAUUUCGACAAAUUUUCUUAUUCUCUCAAGUGGAAGCUAUUUCUUUGAUAUCCAAUCCUCCUUUCCGCAAGGGUUGGCUGUUCCUGAUCAGCCCAGGCAGGCUCCAAGGGGCAGCUGGGAACCCCCAGGAAAUGCCAUGUCACCAAGGCCAGCACACUUUGCUUUAUUGUCAUUGGAGUCAACUUUUAUUUUUCUUUCCUUCUUUCAGAGACGAGCUUUUCUUUCCUUGUAUUUUUAGCUGCUCCAUUCCUUGUGGUUUCAGGACUCAGUCUAAGCCAUCUAAAAGCCCAUUUUUAUAGGCCCUUUGGAAAAUGAUAAUCAACGGGAGGGACAAGGGGUUUGGUCAUGUGGAAAACUCAAUGUAUAAUUUAGAUGUCUGUCAAAAAAAUAGCAAAUAAAUCUAGUAGAAAUAA